AAUUCGUGGUUGAUUAGCUGUUUGUCGCCUUUUACGACUCUUUUCCCAUUUUCAUUUCUUCCUCCUUAGCCUCCACCUCUCUCUCUAGACUUUCUUUGACCUUUGAAUUUUCUCUCUUUUAUCUCUCUUAAAUUAUUUACUUACAUUACUAAUACUAUUAUCAAUUUUUUAAUUAUUAUCAUUCUUCUUGUCUAGUUUAUUAAGAAUAAACCAAUAAUAAUAAGCCCCCCUUUUGUUUCUUCGUUGAUUCAUCUAAACCCAUUUGCAUACGCCAUUCAAUCUUAUACUAUGAUGUUUCAUUCGACAAUGUCUUGUUGUUUCUUCAAGUAAGUCUCCGACAUUCCUUAUUUAGCAGCUACACAAACACUUUCAGUUGCUUUUGUUUGUUUGUGUGUGUAUAUUGUGUGUAUAGGUCUCUGUGCAUUGUGUAGUUGGUUUGUUGCAAGUUUGAAUCUGGGGUUUGUGUUUGGUCGUGAUCUGUAUCUGGGUGUUUGAUGAAUUUGUUGAUUAUUCAGUUUGAGCUGUCUAAGUGGUCUGUGAUCUUUAGAUCAUGGCCUCUAGACCUCUGUUGAUCUCUUCACCUAAAACCCCAGAUACCCAUCAGAAACAAGACUUGUUUAAGCCUAAUUCUGGUAAUCAUUUGUCGAAAUCGAGUUUUAGGAUGGAGGCUAAUAACUCGAUGGAUGGUAGUAAUUCUGUUGGCCCUAAUGCGGUCAAUUCGUCGUCUUUAAGGAGCGGGUCGUCGAUUAGGUCUAGUAAUUCUAUUAGGGAGGUGAAUUUUGUGGAUUUGGGAUCGCGGGCUCGGUCGAGAGGAGGUGCUGAUUCGGAUGGGUUUGGGAUGUCGCAGAGAGAGAUUAAUGAUGACGAUGCUAGGCUAGUGUAUAUAAAUGAUCCUAUAAGGACCAAUGAGAAGUUUGAAUUUGCCGGGAAUUCUAUUAGGACUGCAAAGUAUUCGGUCCUCACGUUCUUGCCUAGGAACUUGUUUGAACAGUUUCAUAGGGUUGCCUACAUUUAUUUUCUUGUGAUUGCUAUUCUUAAUCAACUUCCGCAGCUUGCUGUUUUUGGUCGAACAGCUUCGUUGCUUCCGUUGACGUUUGUGUUAUUAGUUAGUGCUGUUAAGGAUGCGUAUGAGGAUUAUAGGAGGCAUCGAUCUGAUAAAAUUGAAAACAACAAGCUUGCAUCUGUUUUGGUCAAUGGUCAGUUUCAACAUAAGAAGUCAAAAGAUAUUAGAGUAGGAGAGAUUAUUAAAGUUUUUGCUAAUGAAACAUUACCAUGUGAUAUGGUAGUGCUUUCAACUAGUGACCCAACUGGGGUUGCUUACAUCCUCACCAUUAAUUUGGAUGGAGAGUCUAAUUUAAAGACAAGAUAUGCAAAACAAGAGACCCUUGCGAAGAAUCUAGAGAAUGACAAGAUUAGCGGGUUGAUCAAAUGUGAAAAACCCAAUAGAAAUAUUUAUGGAUUCCAGGCAAACAUGGAAAUUGAUGGGAAGCGCAUGUCUCUUGGACCUUCCAAUAUUGUUCUACGAGGAUGCAUGCUGAAGAACACUGCAUGGGCUGUUGGUGUUGCAGUUUAUGCUGGCAGGGAGACCAAGGUUAUGCUCAACAGCUCUGGAGCCCCUUCAAAGAGAAGCCGCCUUGAAACCCAUAUGAACAAGGAGAUCAUUUUUCUCUCAAUAUUCCUUGGUAGUUUGUGCACGAUUAUAUCUAUCUGUGCUGCAGUUUGGUUGAGGCGUCACAGGGAUGAGCUAGAUUUCAUGCCCUUUUACAGAAGAAAGGAUUUCUCUGAUGGAAAGAAUGAUAACUACAAGUACUACGGGUGGGGAAUGGAGAUAGUCUUCACAUUCCUUAUGUGCAUUAUUGUUUACCAGAUCAUGAUUCCCAUCUCGUUGUACAUAUCAAUGGAGCUUGUUCGUAUUGGUCAGGCUUAUUUCAUGAUCCGAGACAAUCAGUUGUAUGAUGAAAGUUCAAAUUCAAGAUUCCAGUGCAGGGCUUUAAAUAUAAAUGAAGAUUUAGGUCAGAUUAAAUAUGUAUUCUCUGACAAAACUGGCACUUUGACGGAGAACAAAAUGGAAUUUCAAUGUGCUACAAUCGCUGGUGUGGACUACAGUGGCUCAAAAGCAAGCUUGCAAGGCGAACAAUCUGGAUACAGCGUUCUAGUGGAUGGAAAAGUGUUGAAGCCAAAGAUGAACGUGAAGGUUGAUCCAGAGCUUUUACGACUACUUAAGAAUGGAAAGGGUACUAGUGAAAGCAACAGCAUUCAUAAUUUUUUCCUUGCAUUGGCAGCUUGCAACACCAUUGUUCCUAUUGUUGUUGCGAGCGCUGAUGCUGAUGUGAAACUGAUAGAUUAUCAGGGAGAAUCUCCUGAUGAACAGGCAUUGGUUUAUGCCGCUGCUGCAUACGGUUACAUGCUGAUUGAGCGAACUUCUGGUCACAUAGUUAUUGAUAUUCAAGGGGACAGACAGAGGUUCAAUGUUUUGGGUAUGCAUGAGUUUGAUAGUGAUCGUAAGAGGAUGUCCGUCAUAUUAGGGUGUCCUGACAGAACAAUGAAAGUCUUUGUAAAAGGUGCUGACACGUCCAUGUUUAAUGUAUUAGACAGAUCCUUGAAUCUCCACACAACAGAAACUAAGGCCCACCUUCAUGCCUUUUCAUCAAUGGGUUUGAGGACCCUUGUUGUUGGAAUGCGGGAAUUAAAUGCUUCCGAGUUUGAGCAAUGGCAGUCUUCAUAUGAGACAGCGAGUACUGCUGUAAUGGGGAGGGCUGCUUUACUUCGCAAGGUUGCCACCAAUGUAGAAAACAAUCUCAUUAUACUUGGUGCCUCUGGGAUUGAGGAUAAACUGCAACUAGGAGUGCCAGAAGCAAUUGAGUCAUUAAGAACAGCAGAUAUCAAAGUUUGGGUUUUGACCGGGGACAAGCAAGAAACUGCCAUUUCAAUUGGUUACUCUUGUAAACUUUUAACAAGAAGGAUGACACAGAUCGUUAUAAACAACAGAUCUAAGGAGUCAUGUAAAAAGAGUUUGGAUGAUGCGUUAACCUUACUCAAAAAGCUCUCGAGUGUAUCUGGUGCUGCAGAAAAUGCUGGUAGGAGUUCUGAAGAUGGUCUUGGUACAACUGGAUUGAUCAUUGAUGGAACAAGUCUUGUAUAUAUUCUAGAUACUGAGCUUGAAGAUCAGCUUUUCCAGGUAGCUAGUAGAUGUACUGUUGUAUUAUGUUGUCGAGUGGCUCCUUUACAGAAAGCAGGAAUCGUUGCCCUCAUAAAGAAGAGAACUUCAGACAUGACUCUUGCUAUUGGGGAUGGUGCCAAUGAUGUCUCAAUGAUCCAAAUGGCUGAUGUGGGAAUUGGUAUUAGUGGUCAAGAGGGCAGGCAAGCUGUGAUGGCAUCAGAUUUUGCUAUGGGGCAGUUUAGAUUUUUAGUUCCCCUUCUGUUGGUCCAUGGACAUUGGAAUUACCAAAGGAUGGGAUACAUGAUCCUCUAUAACUUCUACAGAAAUGCGGUGUUCGUCUUUGUCUUGUUUUGGUAUGGACUGUUUACAGGUUUUACCUUGACAACCGCGAUCAACGAAUGGAGCAGCGUGUUGUAUUCAAUAAUCUACAGUUCCUUGCCUACCAUUAUUGUUGGGAUACUAGAUAAAGAUCUAAGCAGAAUGACUCUUUUAAAACAUCCUCAGCUUUACGGAGCUGGACAGAGAAAUGAGAGCUACAACACGAAAUUGUUUUGGGUAACAAUGAUUGAUACUUUGUGGCAAAGUAUGGCCAUCUUCUUUACUGCCCUCAUUCCAUAUUGGGGAACUGACGUUGAUAUAGCAAGCAUGGGGGAUCUCUGGACACUUGCAGUGGUUAUUUUGGUUAAUGCACACUUGGCCAUGGAUGUCUAUCGAUGGACAUGGCUUGCCCAUGCAAGCAUUUGGGGAUCUAUAAUUGCAACUUGGAUUUGUGUCAUGGUUAUCGAUGCUGUGCCCAUUCUAGUUGGUUACUGGGCAUUUUUUCAUGUUGCGGGGACAGGAUUGUUUUGGUUGUGCAUGCUUGGCAGUGUAGUAGCAGGAUUACUCCCGCGCUUUGUUGUAAAAAUAUUAAUCGAAUACUAUAGACCAUCUGAUAUUCAAAUUGCAAGAGAAGCUGAGAAGUUUGGUACUCUGAGGGAAUUUGAAAGUGCAGAAGUAGAAAUGAACUCAGUCUCGGACCCUGCAAGAGGAUAACAGGUGUACCAUGUUCCUUGUAUUUCUUUUUUCAUUCUUUGUAAAAAAAGAUAAUAUUUUUUAGGCUGCUUCAGCGAGCUUCUUCCAUUGCCUGCAGAGUUUUCAUUGUUUGCUGUCCGAAGGAUAGAAGGUUAUAGUAAAUAGAAUUGUAUUUACAGCAGUGUAUGUUCCACGCCAUAGUUAUUGAUUGUAUUAGAUUCAUUAGAACACAUGUAACAUCUAUAUAUCUUUUCUUGAAUAGAGUUCAAUAUGAAAUCUGUUACAUUUUUGUAUGAA